CACUGAAUGAAAAUGGCGGCCUCCUUCCAAGGCAUCGUUAAGGUUUUGUGCCGUGUGUCGCCUUCAAUUUCGCAUCCAUUACGACAGUAUCAGUCCUGUCUGCAGAGGCUCCCUGUGAGAUCAUGCCCCACUCUCUCUCCAUUCGGACUUCCAAGUCACUUUUUCUGCAAAGCAACAUCACUCCAGGAUGAAGUUGCUGCUCAGGCUGCCGAGGUUCUCUGCCGUUACAAGGACAGACCCUGGGAUUAUCUGGAGAGUGAAGAGUACAUUGAGAGAUAUGGAACCAAUUCAGUAUGGGUGGGGUAUAGGAGGAACCACAAAGGAGGCAUCCCCCCACAGAAGACACGCAAGACCUGCAUUAGAGGUGACAAGAUAUGUGGAAACCCCUGUCCGGUUUGUCGGGAUCCAAACAUUAUCAUCCACUAUCAGAAUGUGAAACUGUUGCAGCAGUUCAUUAGUCCCCACAGUGGAAUGGUGUAUGAUCCCACUCUGACUGGUGUGUGUAUGAAACAGCAGAAGAAGCUUCAUGAGACCAUCAACACAGCAAGAGAUCAUGGCUUACUCCCCUUUCAGAUUCCAUAUGUGGAAUUUUCAGGGGAGGAUUACUCCAAUACCCAUGAUGCUGUGGGGUCCACACCACCUCCUCAUUCCUUAACCUCGGGUGACACCUGGUAUAAAUGGUACAGUGAAAUAACACCUGAUGAGACUGAAGUGGCCAAGGUGAAGAAGACAUACAAGGCUUACUUAAAGUGAUGGAGACUCCAGAGGCAGUUCAUUUGGUGAUAUCGUUGUGAUGUUGCUGCCCGUAAUUCAAUAACUGUCUGGUUUGCUAUACAUAUGUACAUCUACUGGACCAUGUGAAUUUCAUAUCCUUCUGGUAUGUAAAUAAACUGCACAAUAGAAACAUGGA